AUGGGGAAGAGAAGCAGUGCAACAUGUCACGUAUCUGUUAUGCAGUGGAACGAAGACGGGUGGCAGACAACCCAAGCUAGACUGGAUGAACUAUAUACGGACAGUCCGAGUGAAGCACCUCGCAUCAUAUCGCAGGAUACAAAAGUUUUUGUUAUAAUUGCGCACACACCUGAGGGUCGCGAAUCCCAUGAUUUUCGCAAGGAAUUCACGGAAUCCUUCUGCAUGCCUGAGCUCUGGCACUCGCCACAUCUGAAUAAUGUUAACGGGUAUUUUGGCUGUGAGGCUACUCGAGCUGCAGGUGAAGUCACCGGUUUCAAUACUUGGUCGUUCUUCGAGAUGAAACAUGUCCCCGAAGUCUUGGAUAAGUAUCACUGGUCCAAGGUCAACGUCUCCACGCGGUGGCUCCCAAAGACUAACCAGAUGGGAGUCUUUCUACUUGACCCAACCAAAGAUCUGUCGGAGCCACUUCUAAAUCCAGACCCACGAAAGCUUAACGAUCCAUUUUGGGUGUAUUCGGAUGUACUGCAAGAGGUCGCUAGACUUCAAGAAGAUGCUGUUUGGAAAAUCCGUGACCGUGUUCGAGGCAUUGAGAAAGAGGCUGAAAAAGAGGCGAAGGAGGAGAAAAAGAACAAGUCUCCCAAAAGACCCAGACCAGCUUACCGACAACUGCACGAUAUCGCUCGGCAUGCAAUCCAUGUUACCGAGUCGCUAGACGUGGCUGUACAAAAUGUGGACCAUAUAAUUCGACAACAUGAAAUGUAUAUGAACACCCGGCGAGACAAGUACGCAUCGAAAACUUCCCAGGAUACCUCCUUUGAGGAUAUCUCUAGCCGCUUGUCCUUCUACCAAAGCCACAUUGAAAGUAUUCGACACCGGUCAAUUUCCAACCAGAAGAGACUGCAGAAUGAGAUUCAACUCAAGUUCAAUCAAGUCGCACAAUACGAUGCAGGGGUUACAGUUGACAUUAGCCGAGCCGCACGUGAGGACAGUGCGAACAUGAACUCAAUCGCAAUUGUGACCCUCCUCUUCCUCCCGCCAACCUUUCUUGCUGCUAUCUUCAGCAUGUCAUUCUUCAAUUAUGAUCGGGAACUUGGCUGGUCGGUCUCCGACAAAUUCUGGAUAUACUGGGUGUUCACCGUGCCAUUAACCGCUGUAUCAUUUCUUGUCUGGUACUAUUGGGGUAAGAUACUCUCGCCGAAGAUAGAUGUUUCUCCUGUGUAUAAAGAGAAGAUACCCAAGGAAUUGCCUAUGUAUGCCUAG